AUGGAAGUGGUUUCACAAUUUUUCGAGUUACUGUAUUUCCAACAGAUUAGGCAGGGUAGUGUGGAUAAAAUUUGUUGGAUCCCCUUGAAGAGGAAGAAUUUUGAAGUGAAGUCCUAUUAUCAGUUGUUUGGUGUUACAUGGGUGAUGCCGGAUAGGAUGAAGGACUAUUUGGGAAGUUGGAGGGGACAAAGGGGUAAGUUGAGAAAAAAGAGUAUUUCUGAGGACUUCGAUGAUGAUCCGGAGCCAAUCUUUAAGGCAACAUUUGGGAACAAAUGGUAUACAUGGACUUUUAAGUCAUGGCAGGAAUCUUCUUUCCAGAAUUCAACAUCUGGAUUUGAGUGGAGAGAGCGUUCAAGCUGGAAAAACAGUAGAGCUAAAAGAUGGGAAACUCAGAGUGAAGCUGAGUCUGAUGAAGAUUCAUGUGCUGUAGGAUCACGCUCUGAUAGAACUAUACUUGGUCUGCCUCCAACAGGCCCUUUGAAGAUAGAAGAUGUUAAAAAUGCUUUCCGCUUAUCAGCUUUAAAAUGGCAUCCUGACAAACAUCAAGGCCCUUCACAGGUAAUGGCCGAAGAGAAAUUCAAAGUGUGUGCUAAUGCAUACAGGUCGCUGUCUAGUGCUCUCUCCCCAGCUUAACUAGUCAGUUUUUGGUUCAAAUGCCUUAAGACGCUCCGUUUCAUAACAGGUUAGCUUUACCUUUGGAGCAGCAAUUGUAUAAUUUAUAUUUAUAUUAAGUUAUAUGCCUUUUCAUAAUAAGUAAUGUCCAAGCUCCAUUUCUUAUAAUUAUUGACUGCUGACUCUAUCCUAGAUGUUAUAAUUAUUAAACACUACUUAUAUGAGGAGGAAGAAAAAAGAAAAAAA